CUACGUCUAAAGAUGCGCAGGCAACGUUGAAACUAUUAGAAUCCGAACCUUUGGAAACUGAUAUAAAAACUGACGGGCUGAAAACUUCCAAUUCUCAGUCACCAAAUAAGCCAAGGAUUUUUUUACCAAAAAAUAAACCAUCUGCCGCAACGAAACGCAGAUGGUCUUUAGCAUCCACUUCAUCUGAAGCUGUUGAAGUAAAUAUGAAACCAAUAUUUGAAGCAGCAAAAAAGUCUGGAAAUGUGAAUCUUAGUAAUCCGCAAAAAAUAUCUGAUUUAGAAGCGCAAGCCAAAGUCUCUGACCUACCACUAGCACCGUGUCUUGACAAACCUUCUGUGCUCGAUAUGGAGCACCGUGACGAUAACUCCUUUACCCCAUUGAAACGCAAGUGGUCGGUUUUCCGGGAUGAAAGAGCUAAAAUGAAGCUACCAAAGCAAACCAAUGAGGCUGUCAACAAUGAUCCAAAACUAAACGCGUUGCAUCAGUUUAAAAUUCCAAAACUUGGAACCAAAGAACCAACUGAACAACCGAAUCCAACUUCGACUUCGACCGAAGCGAAAACUACUACUACUACAACUAUAAAGACUUCACCAGCGACUGCAGUGAAGACAAUUGCUACCCAGGCAACAUCCUCGUCCAAUUUCAAGCAAAGGGUUCAACCAUUUCAGGCUCACUAUCUGAAUAAAAACUAUCAAAACGAUUAUCCGACGCAAGCUAGUAAAUUAUAUAUGAACCCAACUAUGAGGUUAAGCCAGGCAGCCUAUGCCGAACAGUAUUAUGCGGAUCAGUAUUAUGCGGAAAAGUAUUAUGAUCAUGUAUAUGCCGAUCAUGUUUAUAAUAGGACUCGAUCAAUGCAUCGUUCAGCGUAUAGUGCAUAUGAAGAGGAAUGCAUCAGAUAUAAUCAGUAUUAUGAACGAUAUUAUCAAAGGGCACAGGCUAUGCAAGCUAAUCAAUCAUAUUAUUAUGAUGACCCUAUGGAAAGGAAUAAUUAUCCAUCUCUAUCCUCUUCCAAUCUCUAUCCGAAGAGAUGUGAGCAACAUCUGCCAGAUGUGCAUGAUUACAACCGUUCGUUGUAUCCACCGCGUUUAGUUCAAAGAGACAUCCCUAAACAGCAUAUUGAGCCAUUGCAACCGAAUCGACUAGUAAAUUAUAUUUCGAAUGAGAUACCAAACCGUGAAUCAUACCGCCCAAUGACUGAAGAGUAUGCUGAGAGACACAUUCAGAUGCAAAAUGCUGAACAGCCACAAACAUCGAGUUCGGAAAGAUCUUCGAAAACCGAAUCUCGUUUGCAAACAAAAAUGGAUCGUAUCGUUAGGUCUGCCUUCGAGGGCCGCAAGUACAGGACCCUCAGGGAUCUCGUUAGCCGGACCAAUUUGUCAAAGAACAAUUUACGCAAGACUCUACAACGAGUUGCCAUUAAGAAGGAUUCAAAGUGGCGCAUCAGUAAGUUCUAUUUGGAUGCCUACAAUGCGGAGAUUACAGGAGAAACUCGAGAGUAUAGUAAUCAUGAGCCACUGGCCCUUAAUAGUGACUAUCGCAAAGUGAUCAAGUGCUAUAACGGAUUGAAGUUUCUACGCAUGGAUAGUUUAGUGGCAAAAUCUGGCCUACGUGAAAGUAAAUUGCGCGGCGUUUUGAAGAUGAUCGGUAAAAAGCGUUCUACGAAAUGGCGUCUCGAGAACUAUAGGAAGCCACUGAUUCACUUGCAUAGGGGUCACAAGAGCAAGGAGAGGGAUGACUAAAUAAAUUAUCGUUAAAAACAUAAAAUACUUACAUUUUUACACUGCACAUCAUAUCAUAUCAUAUAUCAUCGAAUCGAAUAAAACACACACCAGAUACACCUAAAA